CUACACCUCUCGCUGAAUUGAGAAUUGUUGAGAGAUACUCGUUAGUGAUUACUGGUUAGUUGUACAAAGAUGGUGCUACCUAAGCAGCUACAAGGCAAUCUCAUGCCAUCGGAAGUUAAUUUCCUUGGUGAGAAUGAGCUAGUCACUAUUCUUCCAAGAUACUCCAUGAAGAAAAUGCAACUUAUCGGAACUAAAAUUCCAGCCUUAAGAGCUAUGCGGAGAGAGCAAGUACCCCUCUGGGUAGCUCUCAUCCUUAAGUCGCAAGACAAAUGUAGUAUCGUGCCUCCUAAAUGGUUAAAUGUGGUAUAUUUAAAGGACAAAUAUGAUGAAGAAGUGAGAAAUCCCAAUCAAUUCAGUUCCUUACCAUGGCAUUGGCUUGAAAUUUCCAAGAUUUUAUUAGCCAGAGCAGCUGAUGAUCUUACCGAUCCAUCGCAUCAACUCCGAUCUAUUCUACAAGAUUUACGAGAAAUUAGAUUAGUUAAAUCACGAAAGGGGUUAAAAGAACUUAAUGAAUCCAAUAUAGUAUUGAAUGGACUCUCAUUAUUAGAAAUCAACGAAUUACGACCUUUCGUAUUAACAGUCAUGAACAAACUACGUCAACUACACGAUACUAAUAAUGAACAAACAGCAGCAGAUACCAACGGAAAUGAUUCUGAUGGUAUGGCUGAUGAUGAUGAUUAUGACGAUGAAGGUGCCUAUGUUUAAAAGUGACUCUCGCUCGCACCCACUUCCACAAAAUCAUAUUACAAACCACCACAAACCACCAAUAAGGUGUAACCCUCUAAACGUGCCUGGUGAGUGAUAGAUGCCGCCUUUGUU